GGAAAAACAGGAGGUUGAAAAAGAAAUCAAAAGCCUGAAGCUGGAGAAGGAGCAGCUAGAAUCCUUACUGGCAGAUCCUUGAAAAGCAGCUUAAAGAAAUGGAAGAGUGGCAGCAGAUAAUAGAAGCUGAGAGGGCCCUGCUGGACGAGAGGAAGGCAGAAAUAAUCAAGCAGCAAGAAGAGGUGGAUGAUAGUUUGGAAGUAAUGAGAAAUGAGAGAAAUGAUCUUGAGAAGAUGAGGGCUGAGGCUGAUGCAGCAUGGAGCCAGCUGGAACAGAGAAAGGCAGAAAUAAUCAAGCAGCAGAAAGAAGUGGAUGACAGCUUGGAGAACCUCAGAAAGGAGAGGAAUGACCUGGAGAAGAUGAGGGCUGAAGCUGAGCCACUAAGAGUCCAAACUGAAGAAGAUGUAAGGGCAACGCUAAAGCGUGAGAGAGAAGAAAUCGACAUUCUGAAGGCUGAGACUGAGGUGGACAAACAAAAGUUACAGGAUGAGUGGAAAGACCUGGAGGAGACCAAAUUGGAAAUAGCCAGAGAUGCUGAAUAUUUGAAGAAGGUCUUGGAUGAAACCACAAGGGAGAGAGAGAGAGUGCAGGAAAUGACAGUCCAAGUUCAAAAGCAAAAGGAUGAGCUGAGGAUGAAGGCAGAGGAAUUAGAAAUGAUAAGUGACAAUUUGACCAGUGAGCAACAGGAAAUGGAGAAACAUAAAGCCGAAAUAAACAGAGAGAGACUGGUGCUUGACCAGCUUGCCCUAGACACUCAACAUAGAGAAAAUGAGAUUGAUUUCCAGAGAGAACUUUUGCAGAAGGACCGGGAGGCACUGAAUUUUGUUACAACUGAAAUCCAAAUGCAAAAGCAGCAGAUUCAGAACUACGAAAAAGAUUUAGAGAGUUUGAGAGCUAUACUGAAAGAGAAAGAAAGUGAGGGAGUGUGUGUCCACACUUACAUAGCAGACACAGUCAAUGCUGAGACUCAAACAUCAAUAUUGGAUGUAAACCAAACCCAAGACAGAGAACCUUUACAACUAGAAGACCAAACAGGGCUAACAAGCGAAAAGAAAUGGGAGAGAGAGAUGACGGAUGAAAUGCAGGGGAAGAAAAAAAGUAUGGGAACACAGACAGAACAGGUGUCAGUAAAAAUAAUGAAAGAGGAACUGGACAAGAUGAUGACUACUCUGCAACGAGAUCAAAGAGAGGUUGAAUACAUCAAGAAAACAAUUGAGAGAGAGAGGGAGGAGCUAGAGAAUAUGAGACAAGAUCUGAACAGAUCACAAGAACAGACAGACCUCACCAAAGAAAACUUGGAAAAUGAGCGGCGGGAACUUGAACUAGCCAAAAUUAAUAUGCAGCAAUGGAAAAAAAUUGAAACUGAGGGAAGAGACAAACAAGCUACAGAAGAAAAGGACAAAACCCAGCAUGAUAAAGAAGUGGUGCAGGAAGCUGUUAUACCACUUGAAACUGAAUAUGUUAAGAGCCUUAAGAAAACAUUAACCGAGAGAGAGGAACUGGAGAAAUUACGAGCUAAUUUACAAAGAGACCUGAGAGAGAUAGAGAACAUGAGGUUAAUCAUAGAAAGAGAGAGGGAUGAGUUGGAAACAGUAAAGGCUGAAAUAAAGAAAAGCAGAGAGAACACGGAGAGCAUCACGCAGGAGACAACAGAGUGUGAGAAAGAGAGGGAGAAGCUGGAGCUUCUAAAAAUAGAGUGCCAAGACAAACGGAGGGAGUUGCAGCAGGUUAAUGCAGACAUACAAAAACAAAGGGAGAUUAUGAAAAACAUGAGAGAUGAAACAGAAUCAAAGAUGAGAAGCCAAAGGCAAAGCAGAGAACAUGAAUUUGAAGUCACACAGAGUUAUGAAGUGGAGUAUCAGGAUGUUUCCAUACAGUGUCAUUGGAAAGAUCUAGAUUAUGUGAUGGAAGUUGCAACAAAGAAGGAGGAUGAUAUACGCAAGGUAGAGACUGAGAUGAAACCAGAGAUGGUCGAUUCUCAGACUUGGUAUGAAAUCACAGAAUUUAAAAGAGAUGUAGGCACCCAGUCAGACUGGACAGAUAUUGAAGAGCAAAGAGACCUUCCUGAAAAAAGUGAGAGGGUGAAUAUUGGUGAUAAGGAAGAGAUUGAACAAAUAAAACAAAGAAUUCAAGAGAUGAAGGAAGAAUUAGAGAAGAGACUGGAUGACAUUCACCAUAAGGAGAUGGAAAGAGCUGGAAUACAGAAAGAAAAGAUAGAACUGGAGCUGCAAAAGGCUGAGAUGGAGAAGUAUAAUAAAGAGCUUUUACAAGAACGAGACAGUGACAAAAAGACACUCAUGGAGAGAGACAGAGAGAUUCAACUAUUAAAGGAAUAUAUGCUGAUGGAGAUUGAAAGAUUGAAGACCAAAGGGAAAGAAACAGUUACACAACAUGAGAAAAGGGUGGAGCAUCUCAUUGGGGAAAUAUCUCAAAAGACCUCAAGAUUCAGGGAGAUGUCAGACAAAGCUGUUCAAACAGUGAGGGAAGAGACAAGGCAAGAGCAAGUGGCAGCUCAGAGGAUCCAUGUAUCAGAAGGAGCCGAAAGGACAGACAGUGUGGAGCAUACUAGCUCUGCUUUGGAUAUCGUUGUUCAGUAUGAAGAAGAGAGAGUACAAGAAGAGGUGGCAAGGGGAGCAGUGGUCAGUUCUGCCUCAAGUAGGAGAGGAGUACUGCACUGGAUCAGGCGAUGCUGCCUUUGCUGUUGCCCGAGGAAAGUCGAGGAGGAGGAGGAAGAGGACAAUCAACAAGCUUAAAAAAGACACGCAGAUGAAAAGCAAAAGCAAAAUUGACUACAUGUUUACUAAGUCAUGCACUUUAGUCAUCACCAUCGAUCUUUUCUACUCAUCUGUUUUUGAACCGGGAUUUGAGACAAAUUCACUUUUGUCAAAAUACAGAACAUAAUGUAAUUUCAAUUUUUAUGGUGUUUACACUACUUUAUUCUAUGUAACUCUAUAACACUAUAGGUGGUGUGGUUUGUUUAUUUGUUUUUAAAUCUUUUAUUUUCACAUACGGGAUAUCAAGCUUUUGUGUAAUAGUGAUAGGAAGAGUAACAGAAAUAGGAAGCACAGGAAUUACAUUAAGAAAAAAACAAACUUCAAGACAACUUUUUGUCGUCUUACCUUUUGGUGUGUUUGUUGUGACAUUUACAACACAAAAUACAAACAUAAAUUUGUGUAUUUUUGUUUCAAGCAGAUCGACCGACUUCAAAUAAAUACUCCCUUUUCUUUUCUUUUUUUUUUAAAGAAUUGUUUUUGCUUGGGUAUGUUGUUUUCUCUAGUUUCUAAACAGCAUUAUUUGGGGAGCAAAGAAAUUACACACUGACGUGAUGUGCUCACUCUCUUAAUGCUGUCACGAUUUGGCUAACAGUUGUUUUUCUCUUUUUGUUGUUGUUGUUAUCUCAUAUAUAUUGCAAAAUGCAACAGAUGUAAGUCCCCCACCCUUUUGCUACCCCGUGUGACUCCCUGACGUUUCGCUACCUAUGUUGUUGCGGGAAGAGUUAGGUGAAUAGCGCUCUCCUCAAAGAGUGUUACGUCACUUGACAAAACCACGCAACUCGUAGUGUGGAGGAUGCAGUGGCUGGCUUCACAUGCUUCGGAGGAAGCACGUGCUAGCCCCACUCGUUGACCGCGCGGACGUUACAGAACCGGGGAGAAAUAAGAGGCGAGGGGGCAGUCUUAGUAACGAGAUAACAUGGUCUUCUAACUAGUUAUCGAUUGGAUGAUCCAUUUCAUGGUAUUAAAUUCAUAACUAAAUCAUUCGGAAAAUAUUUGGAAAUUUAAGAAAAGCACUCGCAAAGAUUUGUUAUUUAUAACGAAUUUAUGUAUUUGUUUAUGUAUCAUUUAUUAUAUAUAUCGAAUUUAUGUAUUUGUUGCAAUUGUGAACGCUGUCUUCA